GGAAAACAAUGAAUCUAGAGUGGUCUGGAACCUGUCUCACUCAUUGCUCAGGGGUGUAGAAUUACUUUAGUAACGGCGCAAGUGCGCACCAUAGAGAGCGUCUUCAGCGCGCGCUGCCGCACGCAAACCUUCAUUUCACGUGUAGUUCGUCUCAGAACGGGCUGGCAGGCAGGUCUAAGGACCUGGGGGAUAUUGGAACCCUCUUUUCAUUCAUUCGCACCCUCUCUCCUCCCCACACACCCUGUCGUAGCACUACAGAAAGCCAACAAUCAGACAGCUGUCGACUGGCGGCUCGAGUCGCGCGCGCGCUACAUCACCGAUGCCGGGAAACCGUCAGCUCUCUCGCGCACGGGCGGACAGUGACUAUGUGAAGCAGUGACCGCGAGAAUGGACCAAAGGAACUACUUCGCCGUUCUGCUGCUCUCUUUUCAUCUACAACUCACAUUUGGAGAGUUCUUUCCAGGCAGCUGUUCGUUUGAAGAGCACUACAGUAAUUGCGGCUACAGCGUGGCGUUGGGGACUAAUGGCUUCGCCUGGGAGCAAGUCAACACCUGGGAGAGACCCUCCAUGGACGCGGCCGUUCCCACAGGUUCCUUCAUGAUGGUGAAUGCUUCGGGUCGUGCAUCAGGUCAGAAGGCCCACCUGCUCCUGCCCACGCUAAAAGAGAACGACACCCACUGCAUAGACUUCCACUACUCCCUGUCUAGCCGGGAUGGGACGAGCCCCGGAACCCUUAAUGUCUACAUAAAAGUGGAUGGUGGACCACAGGGGAAUCCCAUCUGGAAUGCCUCAGCACCCGUCACUGAAGGCUGGGUGAAGGCCGAACUCGCCAUCAGCACCUUUUGGCCCAACUCCUACCAGGUUAUUUUUGAGGCUGUGUCUGUACAAGGGCAUCCUGGGUUCAUCGCCGUGGAUGAGCUGCACGUUUUGGCCCACCCUUGCCGCAAGACACCACAUUUUCUGCGGCUGCAGAAUGUCGAGGUGAACGUGGGACAGAAUGCCACCUUCCAGUGUACUGCUGGAGGCAAAUGGUCACAAAAUGACAAACUCUGGCUCCAGCAAUGGAAUGGUAAAGACACAUCUCUCAUGGUGACCCGAGUGGUGAACCACCGGCGCUUCUCUGCCACCGUUAGCGUAAUGGACACGUCACAGCGCAGCACCAGCCGUUACCGCUGCGUCAUUCUUACUGAUGGAGGAUCUGGAGUUUCAAACUAUGCUGAACUCAGCGUUAAAGCACCUCCCACACCCAUCGCUCCACCUGAGCUUCUUGCAGUUGGUGCCACCUACUUGUGGAUAAAACCAAACGCCAAUUCCAUCAUCGGUGAUGGCCCCAUCAUGCUAAAAGAGGUGGAUUACCGCACCACCACUGGAAACUGGGCCGAGGUGCAUGUUGUGGAUGCGCCAACAUACAAGCUCUGGCAUUUGGAUCCAGAUGUGGAGUAUGAGAUUAAGGUUCUUCUGACCCGACCUGGGGAGGGUGGCACUGGACCACCGGGACCAGCCCUCAUCACGCGAACCAAAUGUGCUGAUCCAGUCAACGGUCCCCAGAACGUGAACGUGGUGGACAUUCGCGCCCGUCAGCUGACCCUGCAGUGGGAGACCUUUGGAUAUGCAGUGACACGCUGCCACAGCUUCAACCUGACCGUACAGUACCAGUAUGUGUUCAACCAGCAGGAGUUUGCCGCUGAGGAGCUGAUACCGACCUCCUCUCAUUAUACUCUGAGGGGACUCAGACCUUUCGUGACGGUCAGACUACGGCUGGUGCUGGCCAACCCUGAGGGCAGCAAGGAGAGCGAGGAGAUCGUCAAGCAGACGGAGGAAGACGUUCCUGGCCCCAUUCCUAUGGAGUCCAUCCAGACAGGCCCAUACGAGGAGAAGAUCUUCAUGCAGUGGAAGGCCCCGAAUGAAACUAAUGGAGUCAUUACACUCUAUGAGAAGAUUUAA